AUGAAUGCAUACGGUCAUUGGAAUCCGACGUCGAUGAAGACUUUCAGUCUCUGUGGCUCUAGCAAGGACGAGUGCUUGUUUGCGAUCGAGAUGUUUGAACCUGCACAAUGGAACGAGCAGGAAGGACCCAUCAUCGCUGCAGCCGGAGAGGAAUCCCAAUGGGCCGCCCGAAUCUACUCAUUUAAUGUCAACAGUGUCAUCCUGCUACCACCGCUCCGGCCCGACGCGAAAACCUUGGCUACUGAGUUGAUGCAUGGAACGAUUACUGGUGACGGCCGAGUCACCUUUCAUUUCUCUAUCGAGGUUAGCUCUGGCAAGAAGAUGAGGCGUGAGAAAUUCGAGUGGAGGACGAUGAAGAAGGGCGACGAUGACACCAAGAGAAGUGGGUUCAAGCUUGUGCGGCUCUUUUCCAAUGCGCGAGAGGCGUCCUCGAGUAAUGAUAACAGCAACGUCGGCGAAGAACAUCCCCCAUCUGAGACCUUUGCUGUGCUUGAGUGGAUAAAAGGCUGGUCAGGCUUCAAACAGGCAUUCUCCCUCCAGUUGGGCAAUGGGCAGUCAGACUCCCUGGGAGAACGCUGGACGCUUAUGGUUGUGAUGACCGCGUUGAGGAUCUGGUACCUGCGUGUGUGCGGCAAGGCAAACAAAGCUGUUGUUGGCAUAGGCGAGAAAAUCCGAAGCAAAUAA